AACUGUAAUUAUAAAGCGUCGACAUCUGAAGCAUACGCGCUCUCCUCUGCUGUGUAUACCCAUCGAUCGAAGUACAACCGGAGACGUGCCGAAGAAAAGGAACUGCUUUGGAACCACCACAGCCGGCGAUAGUCGAUUCUCGAUUCCUUUUCCCCUGAAGGUACGAGACAUGAACAAAUCGUUUUGGAUCUAGCCAUCUCUCCAUCAGUCUAUUUACGGCAGAUUGAUUUCUUGUUUUCCAUCUUUUUGCGGCCAAAGAUUCGGUUUCUUCCUACCAAGCAAGCUUCACUUAUUAUCAAGAUUUCUCCUGAAAUCACUGAUUUGUAGUUCAGUAGUUGUGAAAAUGAAGAACGCUGAGCGUGCUGCAAAUAUUGCUCUAGCAGGUUUAACAUUAGCCCCAUUAGUUGUGAAAGUAGAUACAAAUUUAAAUGUUGUAUUAACCGCAUGCCUCACUGUUUUUGUGGGUUGCUAUCGCUCUGUCAAGCCAACACCUCCUUCUGAAACAAUGUCUAAUGAACAUGCAAUGCGUUUUCCCUUAGUUGGUAGUGCAAUGUUGUUAUCUUUGUUCUUGCUCUUUAAGUUCCUAUCAAAAGACUUGGUCAAUGCAGUGUUGACUGGAUACUUCUUUAUACUCGGGAUCAUCGCUCUUUCGGCUACACUCUUACCUGCAAUUGAUCGGUUUCUACCAAACAAGUGGAAUGAUGAUGUGAUCAUAUGGCGUCUCCCGUAUUUCCGGUCUUUGGAUGUUACUUUUGAGUUCACAAGGUCUCAAGUUGUUGCUGCUAUUCCUGGUACCUUUUUUUGUGCAUGGUAUGCUGCACAAAAACAUUGGCUGGCUAACAACAUUUUGGGUCUUGCAUUCUGCAUUCAGGGAAUUGAAAUGCUUUCACUCGGCUCUUUCAAGACUGGUGCCAUUCUGUUGGCUGGACUUUUUGUAUAUGAUAUAUUUUGGGUGUUUUUCACACCAGUUAUGGUCAGUGUUGCUAAAUCAUUUGAUGCACCUAUCAAGCUUUUAUUUCCAUCAAGAAUUGCUGCACGCCCCUUUUCCAUGCUUGGUUUAGGUGACAUUGUGAUUCCAGGGAUUUUUGUAGCAUUAGCACUGAGAUUCGAUGUGUCAAGAGGAAGAGAGAGCCACUAUUUUAAAAGUGCUUUUCUGGGAUACACAGUUGGGUUGGUCCUUACAAUUGUUGUCAUGAAUUGGUUUCAAGCUGCACAGCCGGCUCUAUUGUACAUUGUACCAGGGGUUAUUGGGUUUUUGGCUGCUCAUUGUCUAUGGAAUGGAGAGGUUAAACCGUUACUGGAGUUUGAUGAGUCAAAAACAGCAGGAGAGGAAGAAGCAAUUAGCAGCAAGAAAGUGGAAUGAGAUAUGUGAAACAAGAGUUUAUAGUUGUUUUGGAUUAACUACUAGUUGAGGAUGAAGUUUUGCUUUAACUUAUGGAAUUUUUCAUACACCUUUUUUAUCUAGAUAAAUUGCUUUUCCA